UCGUCACUACCACUCGGAUGCCCCGGAUGGUGGUCGAAACGUGACCGACCGGGGCUCUUGUUUUACUCGCUCGUUUUCACGUCCUAAACAUCAUACACCUCCCCUGCUUUCGAUUCUCUUUCGCUCGAGAAUGAGUAAAAAAGACAAUCGAUCCAACAUUACCUUGUUUCGCAUUUCUUUGUUCGUGCGGGUGUGUGUGUAUUUUUAAGACGUGGAAACGAGUGAUCGGGCAGUGAUUUUCAGACAAUGUGUUGGACGAACAAAAGAAUUUCUAAAACACUUGUAAUCGCGUUAGUUACAACGGUGAUUUAAAACAUGUCGAGCACGGUGACGAGCAAAAUCGUUGAAACUCGGGUGUACGAUGAUCAAAAGCCGGGUACGUCCGGGCUCCGAAAGGCCGUCAAGGUUUUCAUGCAGGAACAUUACACCGAGAACUUUGUCCAAGCGACUUUGCAAGCUCUCGGAGAUCAAUUACCCGGCUGCACUCUCGUCGUCGGAGGCGAUGGAAGAUAUUACGGUAAAGAGGCAGUCGAGAAGAUAAUUAGAAUCGCUGCAGCCAACGGGGUGAGGAAGCUGAUGAUCGGCCAACACGGGAUACUCUCGACGCCAGCGGUGUCUACGAUAAUCAGAAAGUACAAGACACGGGGAGGCAUUGUUUUAACGGCGUCCCACAAUCCCGGUGGGCCCGAUGCCGAUUUUGGAAUCAAGUUCAACUGUGAGAACGGCGGUCCGGCCCCGGAUCACGUGACGAAUAAAAUUUACGAGAUCACUAAACUGCUCAAGAAUUACAAGAUCGCUCCGGACGUGAACGUGGAUAUAGACGAGUUGCAGAAUACCACGAUUCAGGUGGAUGGAAAUCCGUUUACGGUACAAGUAAUUGACUCUGUCAACGAUUACUUGGAACACAUGAAGAGCAUCUUUGACUUUUCUAGUAUUAAAACGUUAUUGCAAGGAAGUAAUAACCGUCCUCCUUUCAAAGUUCUGAUCAAUGGAAUGAACGGAGUUACCGGGCCGUAUAUAAGGAGAAUAUUUAGCGACGAAUUGGGUGUCGAUGAUUCGAGUGUCGUCAACGCGACUCCGUUGGAAGAUUUCGGUGGACUGCACCCUGAUCCAAAUCUCACGUAUGCCAAAGAUUUAGUGAACGCUGUCAAAAAUGGCCCUCACGAUUUCGGUGCUGCUUUCGACGGUGAUGGAGACAGAAAUAUGAUAUUAGGAAAGAAGGCAUUCUUCGUUACACCUUCAGACUCGUUGGCCGUACUGGCUGCCAAUUUAAGCUCGAUACCGUACUUUAGAAAAACUGGUGUUAAAGGGUAUGCCAGAUCUAUGCCGACGGGUGCUGCCGUAGACAGAGUCGCAGCUAAGAACGGUGUCAAACUUUACGAGGUGCCUACAGGCUGGAAAUAUUUCGGUAACUUGAUGGACGCUGGCCAACUGUCGCUUUGCGGUGAGGAGAGUUUCGGUACUGGUUCCGAUCACAUUCGUGAAAAGGACGGGAUAUGGGCAUGCCUCGCAUGGCUCAGCGUGAUUGCGAGCCUUGGCAAAUCUGUAGAGGAAAUACUGCUCAAUCACUGGCAUACCUAUGGACGAAACUUUUUUACGAGAUACGAUUAUGAAAACUGCGACGCGGAAGCAGCAAACAAAAUGAUGCAGCAGCUCGAGUCGGAAAUACAGAAACCCGAGUUUCUCGGCUCGAGAUUAACGUCCGAGGGGAAAACGUACGUCGUGAAAUUGGGUGACAAUUAUUCUUACGUGGAUCCCGUCGAUGGAAGUAAAGCGAGUAAACAGGGAUUGAGGAUUCUAUUCGAAGACGGUUCACGUAUCAUUUACCGGCUAUCCGGUACGGGAAGUUCCGGGGCUACUAUUCGUCUGUACGUCGACAGCUACGAGGACGACGAGGCAGUUUUGAACAAGGAUGCUCAGGAGAUUCUCAAGCCGUUGGUAACCAUCGCGUUAGAAGUAAGCAAAUUACGCGAAUUCACCGGUCGCGACGCACCUACCGUGAUUACGUAAUUCAUCGUUUCUUGUGUUGCGGUAAUCAUCUAGUUUGCACAUGAAUAAUCUGAACGAAUGGAAAAAACGAGAAAUGGAAUUAUUUUGUACCGUAACGAGGAAAAUCAUGUUCCAAUGCAUCGUACGUUCAACGACAUUAUGAGUUGUAAUUAUUACGUAAAAAGUGAUUACAUAAACUCGUGGAAAACGUGACGUUUGAUAAGAUUAUCGCAAAGAACGCGAUAAUUCUCGAGUGAAAUAUGCACAGCAAUUUUCGCGAAGCAACCUUUGUAUCGUGUUCAAAUUAAGUACUUGCGCGCAUUAAUCAUCGCGGUGACAAGAGAUGUAAUUCAUAGCGUCACAUUACCACCGAAUGGCAUGAGCAGCAGCGCAAUUCAUACACAUUGUCUACACGAGAUCUGUUGCUCGUACAAACUCUGACAUGGUCGUCUCACUGGGAGAAUUGAAGCAGAAUUUUCAUACGGAAAUCAGUAACGAAUCUAAAAUCACGUGCGUCUUUAUACGUGGAACUGUUUGCCUAAAGUGUUUAAGCGUGCAUAAAGACGGGGACAGAUUGACCUUUCGAUGUUUUCGAUGAAAUUCAAUAAACAACUUGUCAUUAAAACUUGCAGCGUAAUCGUAAUACUCGUCGAAGGGUUAAUGAGAAGAAAAUGUACAACUCGAAUUGUAAUUGAGAGUAGUAGUACGUUUGUUGAUCACUCUUUAAUUUACUUGUUCCAUUAGAACGGGGCGGUUGCUCAUUUCAGAAAUGUGUAGGAUUUAAGUGUUCCCCCGAAUGAUUAUCGCUCCGAUGUCGAAUCAAACGGGGACAAUUGUUGAUAGAGAAUUCAUAUGGAAUGUUUCACUUGGAGAUCACCAACGAUACUCGACGCGAGCAACUGCCUGUGUAAAUAAUUGCAAAAAAUCUUUAUUUCUCUAAUCAAAGUAUACUCGCCUCACCGAGAGUCCAGGACCGUUUCGCGCAGCUUGAGAAGUGGUGGAGGUCGAACUCCCUCCACACGGUUCAGUAUACAUGGUAAAGCGUUGAGGUGCGCAGAACGAACGAAAACUGAAUUGUGCCCAGUCCUAGACUCUCGGUGAGGCGAGUAUAGAGCGUUUAUUUUGCAGAAAACAGUCGUGCAGAACGUGUGUAGUUAUUCUGACGUGUAUAUAUAUAAAGGUUCGACGGUCGAAGGAUUUCUUGGAUUGACAAGUAUUUUGUAAAUAGCAAUUUCGUCGACUGGCAGGAGACGUCAGAUUAUUGCUGUACAUUAUCACCAGCCAUUCUUUAGAUCUUGAUAAUUCAUCAUACGUCGUGUAUUGUACCCGUUUAGUCGUUGGUCAUUAUCUACGACUAAAGUAACGUGCGUACGUUCUCCUUUUUUUUAUUAUCGAACAAGAAUUGAUAAAUUCGAAUCGAGGGAACGGUGUAGAAUCAAUGUAUCGUUAAAAGUAAUUGAUAGAGUAGGGUACACUCAAGAGUGUACAUACAUUAGUAAGAUUGCGAAAGCACAAGUGAUGAAAAAAAAAAAAA